AUGGCUCCCGCUAAAGUCGCUAUCAUCUACUACUCUACCUACGGCCACAUCCGUAACCUUGCUCUCUCUGUCCAAAAGGGUGUCAAGGAAGCUGGUUUGGAGGCCGACAUCUUCCAAAUCCCUGAGACUCUUCCUCAAGAGGUUUUGGAGACCAUCCACGCCCCUCCCAAGUCUGACGACCCCAUUGCUACCAACGAUACCCUCAAGGAGUACGAUGCCUUCCUCUUCGGUAUCCCUACCAGAUUCGGUAACUUCCCCUCUCAAUGGAAGGCCUUCUGGGAUGGUACUGGUGGUCUCUGGGCCUCUGGUGCUCUCUACGGCAAGUACGCUGGUGUCUUCGUCUCCACUGGUACCCAAGGUGGUGGUCAAGAAGUCACUAUCCUCAACUCCCUCUCUACCUUGGCUCACCACGGUAUCAUCUACGUUCCCCUCGGUUACAAGAACACCUUUGCUCUACUUACUAACUUGGAAGAAAUCCACGGUGGUAGUGCCUGGGGUGCCGGUCAAUUCGCUGGUCCUGACGGUUCUCGUCAAGCCUCCAAGCUCGAGCUUGAGGUCGCUGAGAUCCAAGGUAAGAGCUUUGCCGAGCACCUUUCCAAGAUCAACUUUUAA